UUCACGUCCACAGAUGUAAUUUAAUAACCGUUACCUUUUUGAAAGCCUCUUUUUGGGUAUGUUAGUUAUAUAUGCUCUUCAAUUUAUUUGCUUUUUAAAAACCUAUAAUGAUUUUACUUCUUUGAAAGGCAGAAGGGCAGGAGAGACACAGAAAGAGAGAGAGAGAGAGAGAGAUCAAGAGACAGAGAGAGGGAAUGAGAUAGAUAUUGAGAUUUCCCAAUAAUCAGUUCAUUGUCCAAAUGCCCACAAUAGCUGGGGCUGGUUCAGGCUGAAACCAGGAGCAAGGGACUCACCACAGGUCUACUAUCUCACUGACAGGAACUUAGUUACUUAAGUCAUCAUUUGCUGUGUCACAGACUGCACAUUUAGCAGGUAAGCAGAAUGGAGAGCAGAGGUAGGUCUUUGAUCCAAGCACUCUGAUCCAGUAUGUGGGUAUCCAAGCAACGAGGAGCAAAUACUCACCCCCCCUUACAUCUUAAAUUAAAAACAAUUUUAAAUGAAAGGGCUGAUGAAUCUCCUUCCUUCUGAAAAAAGUAACAAUUAUUAUGUAACUGCUAUGUUUGUAUUGAGAGGAAGAAAAAUUUGGCAAUGAUGUCAAUCUUGACAGAUAAGUUAUUUAAAUUUUUUAUUAAUAUAAACAGAACAGAUUGCAAGUAGUUCAUAAAUACCAUCUAAGAAUAUAGUGAAACUUCCCUCCUUCCUCUUCUUUUGUAAUUUUUUAACUUUUAUAAUAACACUUAAUUUUCCAUAUAAUCAAGGACUUAAUGUUCUACUAAAUAAAGAGAUCAACAAAUUAAAAGUAGAAACACCACUGUUCAACAGGCAUACAGACAAUGACUAUGAACAAUAAUCAAGUUCCAAGAUAUCAAUUUCUCUCACAUAUAAUAUGGUUUUUCUUUUUAUACACUAUAUAUAAAUUACCACAGUUCAGAUAAAAUGUGCUAUUUCUAGUUUUGCUACUUUUACAUCAUUUUUUAACAAAUUGUACACCUUUUAUGUUUUCCUUGUAUACAUUUUCUUCUUUUAUUAAAGCUUUAUUGUAUAUGUCAUUUUUGAAGAUAACCUAAUAUUCUUUGCAGAAUACAUACAUAACUGCAAAUACCCAAAACUUAUAUUUUAAAAAAUAUUUUGGGUUUUUAAGCUCUAUUUUCUUUUUCUUUUCAUAUCAAAACAUUUUUGUUUUAAAAAGAAACAUUAGUGGGAUAACACCAAACUUAGAAUAUUAAUUUGGAUAUUUGAAUUUAGAAUUUGAAUUUGGACCUUCUUCACUGAAGCACUUGAGCUCUUGGCAGAGUUUCACCCUCAGAGACACCGAGUAGCUUGGCCGUGAAGAUGCCGCGUGGAAGCCGCAGCCGUACCUCCCACAUGUCCCCUCUGGCCAGCCGGGCUCCUCAGAUGAGAGCUGCCCCGAGGCCAGCGCCAGCAGCUCAGCCGCCAGCAGCUCAGCCGCCAGCAGCAGCCACACCAUCUGCAGUCGGCUCGCCCGCCGUGGCACGCCGACAGCCAGGCCUGAUGGCCCAGAUGGCCACCACUGCAGCUGGCAUGGCCGUGGGCUCUGCUAUUGGGCACACGCUGGGCCACACCAUCACUGGGGGCUUCAGUCGAGGAAGCAGUGCUGAGCCCUCGAGGCCCGACAUCACUUACCAGGAGCCCCAGGGAGCCCAGUUAGCACAGCAGCAGCAGUUUGGCCCUUGCUCCUACGAGAUAAAGCAGUUUCUGGAGUGUGCCCAGAACCAGAGUGACGUUAAGCUCUUUGAGGGUUACAAUGAAGUCCUGAGACAGUGCAGAAUUCCAAACCAGUUAGUCUAAUCAAGAAGCUCAGGAUGAAGCAGAAAAUUGGAUCUCAUGACCAAGUUACUUUAGCAUACAGAUGUAAUUGGUAGUGUAAAGCCGCCUGGUCAGCCUGUCAUCUCAUUUGAAGAGCUUCCCUAGUCCAGAAAGGCCAUCUUUGCUGUGUGGAAAUUCAUUGAGAUGAUACUGAAUUUGGGGCUGGACAGAUGCUUGGUCUCUUGAACAAGCUGUUGUAAUGUUAUUGUUCAUGAGUGGAAUAAAGUGAUUUUCUUCCAAGAAAAAAAAAAAAAGAAUUGGAAUUUGGAAUCUGAGUAUUCUCAAUUUAAAUGUUGAAUUUGAAUUUUAUUUAGAUUGCUUUUGACUGUAGAUAUUCUCAGGGGACUGCAAUGAAGAAAAAUCUUGGGAAAUGUGGCAUUUAACUGUGAGUUACUUAAAUUCUGGAAUGUUCAUUAACAAGUAACAAACUCUUUGACUUAUGUUUUUCUCAAAAGAAGUCUAAAUUUGAAUACAAAAAUCUAAAGCCUAUGUCAUAUCCCUUAUGCCCUAUUCAGGACUUAUCAGUUUGUUUUCAAUAAAAAUUGACAUUUUUAUUAUGAAAGCUACUGCUCAAUAUCAAACCUUAAAGAAUAAUAAAUCAAGUAAAAGAGGCCAGAAUGUUCCAAGGAUCUUAGCUUUCAAUAAGAAAUUUUUGAAUAUAUUGACUUUAAUUUUGCAUGCUUCACUAAUAAUUUAAAUGCCCCGCUCACCAUAAUCAAUAAGUUUAUAUU